AAGGCGGAGGAGGAGAGCGCGCGCCGGGCGCCAGGAGCUGAGUGGACGGCUCGAGACGGCGGCGCGUGCGGCAGCGGCAGCUCCAGCAAGAGGCACAGUUGGCAGCGUCGAGCUGCAUUUCCAGCAGCGGCAGCCGGCAAUCCGGGGCGGCGGGCUUCGCAGCAAGAUGCUGAAGGUAGCAGCAGCAGCAGCCUGGGCGUGCGUGUGGGCAGCCGCUUGGUGCAGUCACGCUGGAGCGGUGGCGGCGCCGGGCGCCGGGGGCAGGUCGGACAGCGGCAAUUUUCUGGAUGAUAAACAGUGGCUCACUACUAUCUCGCAGUAUGAUAAGGAGGUCGGACAGUGGAACAAAUUCCGAGACGAAGUUGAGGAUGAUUAUUUUCGUACUUGGAGCCCAGUUAGACCCUUUGAUCAAGCUUUAGACCCAGCUAAAGAUCCAUGCUUAAAGAUGAAAUGUAGUCGUCAUAAAGUAUGCGUUGCUCAAGAUCAACAAACUGCUGUUUGCAUUAGCCACCGGAGACUUACACACAGAAUGAAAGAAGCUGGUUUGGGCCAUAAACAAUGGAGAGUCGGUCCAAUUUCAUCAAAAUGCAAGCAGUGCCCAGUAGUUUAUAAUAAUCCUGUCUGCGGAUCUGAUGGUCACACGUAUUCCUCUCAGUGCAAACUAGAAUAUCAAGCCUGCAUCUCAGGAAAACAGAUCUCCGUGAAGUGUGAAGGACGUUGCCUUUGCCCUCCAGUUAAAUCCACAAAUACAGGCCGAAAUGAUAAGAGGGUCUGCAGUGAUCUGGAGUUCAGGGAGGUUGCAAACAGACUGCGAGACUGGUUCAAGGCACUUCAUGAAAGUGGAAUUCAGAAGAAGACUAGAGUUGUACAAAGACCUGAAAGAAGUAGAUUUGAUACCAGCAUUUUACCGAUUUGCAAGGACUCUCUUGGCUGGAUGUUUAACAGGCUUGAUACAAAUUAUGACCUGCUAUUGGACCAGUCAGAGCUUGGAAGUAUAUACCUGGACAAAAAUGAACAGUGCACCAAAGCAUUCUUCAACUCUUGUGACACAUACAAGGACAGUUUGAUAUCUAACAACGAGUGGUGCUACUGCUUCCAGAGACAACAAGAUCCACCUUGCCAGACAGAGCUCAGCAACAUUCAGAAACAGCAAGGGGGAAAGAAGCUCCUAGGGUUGUAUAUCCCUUUAUGUGAUGAAGAUGGAUACUAUAAACCAACUCAGUGCCAUGGAAGUGCAGGGCAGUGUUGGUGUGUUGACAGAUAUGGCAAUGAGGUUACAGGAUCCAGAACACAUGGUGCAGCAGACUGUGCUGUUGAACUUGAAACAUCAGGUGACUUUUCCAGUGGUGAUUUCCACGGAUGGACAGAUGAUGAGGAAGAUGAUAUGAUGAAUGAUGAGGAUGAAAUUGAAGAUGACGAUGAAGAUGAAGGAGAUGAUGAUGACGAUGACCAUGAAGGAUACAUUUGAUGCUUUUAACUGUGAAUAAAUUAUAUCUUUCUUAAAAUUACGUGGUGACCCGCCCGAAAAUUCCUACACUGUUGAAGGUCAAAAGGAGAUGCUAAACAACAUGUAUAUUUUGUAUGAUUAUUUGAAAUAUUGCGGCUGGAGUCAUAGACUUUCUUUGUUUAAAUGAAAAUCAUUGUAUGUUGUUUUUAUAUGCUGUUGAGCAGAACAAAUCACACUGGAGUCUAGCCUGAAGAAAGGAAUGUGUGUGUGUUCUCUACUUUUAAAAAAAUGUGCAGAUAAUCAUAAGGACAACUAAACUUUUAAUUACUUCCAUGAAAAACAUUCUCCUUGGGAAUGUGUGUGGCUGCUUCCAGCCGGUGCUCUGUUAACUUACAUUUUAGCAGUGACUUUAGACCAUGUGGGGUUUUCAACAUGUGCAUGGAUGGGAGUAGCAUUCAGUAAAGUACUAAGUCACUUACUGGAAGAACAAAAAAGCCAUGACUAUAAAAAAGAGCAUAAUCCUCCUUUGCACUUACAAUGAUGUUGAAAUGGUGGUUUUUAAAAUUCAGCAAACAUGGGUAAGCAUAAACACUGCAGAUCUAAAGUUUUGUUGUCCUUUUAUGCUAAUGGUUUCUUUUCAAGUCAAAAUCAUGUAAAUUUGGUUGUGCAGAGAGCCUGCUUAUUUUACCUUUAUUUCUAUAGCAUUCUAAUCAUAAAAUUAGUUUUGACAUAUUUUAAUGGGAAAACUUUUCAUAAAGAAUAUGUUUAUUAUAUUACUGCACUGUACUUAAGAAUAAUAUCCCCAAGAUAUGCUUUCCAGCCCAAGCUGGGGCUUUUUUUGUUUUCCAACACCAAUUAGUUUUGCAUCUCUAUCCUAAUUCAUUUCUUUUUCUGUUCCUAGAUCAGAAAUUUAGAGAAGUAUUGUAAGGUGCCUUGCAAAAUAGAAAUAGAAAGAUUUAUAGCAUGCAUACCAAUAUAGGAUUAUUAGGCAAAUAGCUGAGCUUUACCAAAUUCCAAAUUUAAUAUCAAUAUAGGUACUGCUGCUGGAAUGGAAAAGUGGGUUAUUUUCUCCCCUGCCCCAUUGUUAUGUAAUUACCAUGUAGAAUACAUUAUAAUUCUUAUGUAGAGUAGCAUUCAAAAUUUGACUGUAGAGCAAAUUAUUUUAAUCACUGUAUUUAUGUUAGCAUGUUAAUUAAUUGUGUAGACGUUUUAAAUUCCACCACCUUUAUGCAUAUCAGACCUAUGGCUUUGUGCCAUAAUAAAAUUGAAAGAACCUGGGUAAUAUUAUGCAAGCAGUUGUUUAAUUUCAACUGUGCAUUAUUGUUUUCCCUGAUUUUUAUCUACAGUUAAUUGAAAUAAAAUUUGGUUCUUCUUUGCAUUGAUUUCAGUAGGUUUAAUACAAAAUUUAAUGAUUAUCUUAUGCAUUAUUAAAGAAUACUACUGUUUUUCUUUUUUAUGUUUAUGUAUAGUUUGCAAAAUAAAGACUCUUGUAACCAAC